AUGGAGAAGAACCAAGUUGCAGCAAUCACCACACAACCAUCAACCCAAGAAGGAGUAAACACAGAGGAAGGAGGUGAAUGGGAGCAAGCCAACUAUGUUGGUAACUCACCAAGGCAAAAUCAUGAUCUAUACUCCAAAACUUACAAUUCAGGAUGGAAGAACCACCCCAACUUUGGGUGGGAAAACCAACAAGAACAAAGCCAAAACCAGACACGUCAAAAUCACAAUCCUAACAACCAUGCUGUCCACCAACAUUCAUCACAAAGAUCAUAUCAACAACCACCUAACCACACUCCUCAACAUCCAUAUCAAAACCAGCAUGAUCAUCCUCACUCUUAUAACCCAAACCCAUCAUACUUUGAGGAUAGACUCUCUAGAAUUGAAACCUUACUUGAAGGUUUAUGCAAGGAAGUCAAAGAUAGCAAGUUAUUCCAAGAAGAAGUGAGAUCUAAUAUGCAAAAUCAAGAUGCGGCCAUCAAGAAACUCGAGGUACAAAUCGGUUACCUGUUCAAGCAAAUCCCUAGCCAAACCAACUGCCGUAACAUUAAUCCAAACCCAAGGGAGGAAUGCCAAGCCAUCACCCUCAGAAGUGGGAAGGAAUUGAAGGAGACUUCCAAGAUACCAUCAGCGGAGAAUUCAGACAAAAGGGAAAUAGAACAAAAAGAAGAUCAAGUCAUCCCUCCUAAUACACAUCGAGAAGAAGAAGUGCUGAGAUCAUAUCCUCCAAAAGCCCCAUAUCCUCAGCAAUUGAAGAAGAAGGAAGAUGAUAGCCAGUUUUCAAGAUUCUUGAAAAUAUUCAAAAGGUUACAAAUCAACAUACCCUUUGCAGAAGCAAUAGAGCAAAUGCCGCUUUAUGCUAAGUUCUUGAAAGAGUUGAUGACUAAAAAGAGAAGCUGGAGAAACAACGAGACAGUGGUGUUAACCGAAGAAUGUAGUGCCAUCAUUUAG